CCCCCCUGCAGCCCCCCUCCGCCCCCCUCACCGCCCAGCUGGAGCGCAUCGCUGAGGAGCUGGUGGGCGGCUUCCAGCGGCAGAUGGAGGCGGUGGCGGACAACAUGCGGGCGGGGGAGGCGGCGUUCGAGGACCUCAGCGAGCUGCUGGAGGGCGGGCAGGGGUUCGACUCCUCGCAGGGGGUGUGGCGCCGCAGUGGCUGGCGGGAGCUGGACAAGCUGAGGGAGAUCCUGGAACGAGUCCCCGAGCUUCGUGAGCUGGUGCGGCAGCUGGGUCGGGGCGGCGGGCGGGGGCCGCUGCGGCGGGCGCCCGAGGAGCUGGAGGCGAGGGGGUGUCCGCCCGGGGUGAUCCGUUCGCCCCUGCAGCCGGAGGAGGUCCGCGGUCUGACCCGCUCCGGCGACCUGAGUCGCAUGCUGCCAUCCGAGAUGGCGCUGCUGGCUCACGGGUGGCCUCGGAAGAUGAGGGGGCGGGGGGG